AUGAAAUUUACAUGCAGACGGGUGGACUUCCUGAUUGAGCUGGCCAAAGAGUUGGCCAAAUCUCAUGUGAGAGCGAAGAAGGCACACAAGGAGGAAGUGCGUCUGCAGCAACCUCUCACACCUAGCCCUGGGAAAAGAGCCAAGUGUCAGGUCAAGCGACAAUGCAUACAGAACUCUGCCUCUAUGCCGCGUGUUAAGUCUCAGGGUCGUUCUGAUGCUGCCAGACAACGGAUGUCUGAUCGGCUCACGUCUCGAGCAGAUCAUGUACAGCCUGCGGUUUGUGGACGACGUGGUACAGGUUUUCGCCACAAAGUCCGCAGAUGGCCCCUGAGUGUCUAUACUGGCUGUAGGCACAAAGUGGUCAUCCCUGAGAGAUCUCCAGACAAGAAGUUUGUCUUAGUUGUGGGAGACUCACAUCUGAGAGCUGUGGCGGACGGAAUAGUCAAGAUGCCAGGAGACAAGCUGUCUUUUGGCAUCAUGGCUACUCCCGGUGCCGACGCUGAUCAGCUUUGUACGGAGGUUUCACAUGCCGUGAUUCCCCUGGUCCCAGACGCAGUCUGUCUUUUGGCACCUAGCAACAACCUCACAUCCAGCCGAACCAUUGAUGAAGCGGGACAGGCUUUUAGCCGAUAUUUGGGGACAGUCUGCACUCGCUGGUCGAAGGUCUUUGUCGUGGACUUCGUCCCGAGAUUAACAGUACCCGCCGACUACCAGAAACUGAUGCGUCAGGAAUUUCACCGUCGGUCAAAAGAUCAGGGUGUCCAGUACUUGCACAUGGCUGACCAUUUUCCUCUCCACCGUUUGGACUUGUGGGCAUAUGAUGGUGUCCACCUAAGUGAUGAUGUCGGGAUGCCGAUCCUUGUGCAGUUGCUGUGGAGUGCCGCCUACCAGCAACUGGAGACACCAGCACCUUCGCCACCGGUGCAACGCCAGGUGUCUCCUAAGCCAUCGGUGUCUCCUAAGCCAUCGGUGCCAAGGAUUCCCAGAGUGGUUGUGAAGGGGGAGGUACCAGCACCACGUCCCCCACCCCCUUCCAAGUGGACGCUGGUGGAGUCGGGCAGGAAGAGGAACCAUUCGGGAGAAGCUAGGCAUGCCCCAGCUUCACCCAAGAGGAGGCUGGUUCCUCACCAGGUGGAUGGUAGUCCGGUGACCUUGAGGGAGUGUUUCAUCCCACUCAAUCCUGUCCGAUUCUCCGCAUCGAUUCUGGCUGCCGUGGAUAAAGUUUUUCCAUCGGAUCUUGAAGACGUUCCUACAGGCAAACGGGCCUUGCCUGAGGAACCUUGUCGCAGAUCUGCUGUCAUCAAGCAGAAGCGGGUUAGGCAGCAGAGGUCACCUACAACACGUGCCCCGGUGUCUGUUGGUGUCGAGUCAGACGCAGCGGUGGAAAAGGUUGAGGCAGCAUCGAGCCAGGUGUCGGCCAGCUGUGUUGAUGCCACACCGUGCCCAGUGUGUGCCUGUGACGUGCCAGGAUCCACCUGUUCAGAGGUUCCAGUGGCUGUCCAUGUGCCAGAGGGCGGUGGCUUGCAGCGCACACAAGAAGCCACCAAAGGCAUCUCUUCCACCUCUGCUGCUGUGGCCUCCUGCUCUUCUCCGUCCAGUGGCUAUUCCGUCUCUGCUGCUGUUACCUCCUCCAUCUCUACUCCUCUCAGCGGCUAA